AUGCAGGUGCAGCCGUUCAAAACUCAGUAUUGUGCAAACGGAAUCAAAAUCAGCCAGACGCUGGAGAGCACGGUUCUUUAUUUCAAUGCAAAGAGCGAGAACGACCGCGUGAGGUUCAUGGAGGAUUUAAGAGAAUCGAUCAAGGAGAGCGACGACAUGGAGACAUUGAGGAUCGAGAUGGAACUAGAGAAACAGAGCAUCCGCAACUCCGCGUUGAAAUUCACUCCUCACCGCGUUAAUGAGCAACGGGACUCCGGCUUGUCGGAUAUCGAGCUUGAAAACGUGUCAAUCAAUCGGCUGAGCAAAGCCAGUUCUCUAGUAGACCUCAGUCCGCAGGCAGCCUGCCUCCCCGUCGCUUCGACUUCCGCUUCUGACUUUGUCGUUGGAAGAACGUUAAGUUUCACAUCGCUCGACAGCGGCAUGCAAUCGCAGGCGUUACAUUUCAAGUUUAACGCUGUUUGUGAUUUCAGUCUUCAACGGCCAGCACAGCAAGUCAAGACUUGGCAGCGCGCCCCGAAGACGCUGCCCGCCGCAACACAGCCACCGUCGCCACCUCUGACUCCGGAGGAACACGAACACGUUCCAAACCGGCCACUAACGCUACUUGAUCAUCUAGAACUACUUAUCUACUGUAGUGAACGAAACGAGAGAGUCAUCAUGGGUCUUGCCGCGCUCAUGUUCGUGCUCGACCGGCACAAAACACACUACGACCAUCAAAAACAGUACGGUUGA